GCCCGCCGCCAGCGCAGCCUGCCCGGGAGAGCCCGCGCCUGCCCGCCGCGUCCAGUCAUGCCCCCGGGCGCCUCGCCUCUCGCGCCGCGCCUGCUGCUGCUGCUGCUGCUCGCCAGGGCGGUGCGCGGGGCUGAGGCCGGGUCCGAAACCGAAAGUCCCGUCCGGACCCUCCAAGUGGAGACGCUGGUGGAGCCCCCCGAGCCCUGCGCGGAGGCCGCCGCUCUCGGAGACACGCUGCACAUCCACUACACGGGCAGCUUGAUAGAUGGGCGCAUUAUUGACACCUCCCUGACCAGAGAUCCUCUGGUUAUAGAGCUUGGCCAAAGGCAGGUGAUCCCAGGUUUGGAGCAGAGCCUUCUAGACAUGUGUGUGGGAGAGAAGCGAAGGGCAAUCAUUCCUUCUCACCUGGCCUAUGGAAAAAGGGGAUUCCCACCAUCUAUCCCAGCGGAUGCAGUGCUGAAGUUUGACGUGGAGCUGAUUGCACUGAUCCGAGCCAACUACUGGCAAAAGCUGAUGAAGGACGUUUUGCCUCUGGUAGGCAUGGCCAUGGUACCAGCCCUCCUGGGCCUCAUUGGGUAUCACCUAUACAAAAAGGCCAGCAGACCCAAGGUCUCCAAAAAGAAGCUCAAGGAAGAGAAACGAAACAAGAGCAAAAAGAAAUAAUAAAUAAUAAUAAUUAAAAAAAAAUUCCCUUG